AUGUGCUUGACUGAAGCUCAUGCACGAGGAAUCCAUCGCACAGUUCAUGCUGGAGAAAGUGGAGGCGCUAAGGAAGUGAUAAGGGCUAUCAGUGAUAUGCAUGCAGAAAGAAUUGGACACGGCUAUCGCAUAAUGAGGGACUCCGAUUUGUACAAGAAGCAUUUCUUGGAUGAUCAAACCAUUCAUCUCGAAGCGUGCCCGUACUCAUCCGUUAUGACAGGUGCCGUCGAGCUGGAUUGGAAGAAACAUCCAAUCUCGAGGUUUGUAGAAACUUUAUAUCGUUUACUAAGCAUUAAGUUUUGGUGAUC